AAAAAACCAUUUCUACAUGUAAAUCCCCAUAACAAGUGUGCCUUUGGUUAAUUAUGCGGAAGAUACCUUAUUCAUAUAUAAAAAGUGUACCUUAGAUAGAUAUAUUUGCUAAAAAUAAGUAUAAAUCUAUAUUUACGUCACAAUUGAUAAUAUAUAAACUUUCUUUCUUCUUUUUUAUUUAUAAUAGAAAUUUAUCGAAUUAGUUUUCGAGCAAUCAAAUUAAGUCCAAAUUCAAAAUGCCUUUAAAAUUAUCAAGUUUCCUUUUAUCUCCGAAUAAUUAUUACUUUACUUUGUUUAUCAUGUUUUGCUAGGACUGAAUCGAAAUUAAUUGAUAAAGUUGUCAACCAAAUCGCGAAGACACUGUAUCCUCUCUCCUACAGUGCUUGUAAUGAUUUUGUUGGGAUUGAUGCUCACAUCAACGAAAUUCUAUCAUUACUAUGUAUUGAGAUGGCAGAUGUACGUUUUAUUGGAAUUUGGGGAAUGGGCGGCAUAGGAAAGACAACCAUUGCUGAAGCUCUUUUUAGUCAAAUUUCUAAUCAAUUUGAUGCUUGCUACUUUCUAAGCAACGUUAGAGAAGAUGCAGAAAAGCAUACAUUACUGCAUUUACGAAAAACUCUUAUUUCCCAACUUGUAGAGGAUCAAGAUUUGAGCAUACAAAUGCUUGAUGUACUUCCCACUAUCGCUCUGUGUAAACUUAGAAGAAAGAAGGUUUUCAUUGUUCUCGAUGAUGUUAAUGAUUCAGAGCAAUUAGAGGCUUUAGCCGGAGAUCAUGGUUGGUUUGGUUUAGGAAGUAGAGUCAUAGUAACAAGCAGAGACAAAGAAGUACUUGUUGGAGUUGAUCACAUAUAUAAGGUUGAGGAAUUAACAUAUCGUCAUUCUCUUCAGUUAUUGAGUGUGAAAGCCUUUAAACAAGAGCAUCCUCCCGAGGGGUUUAUGGAGUUGGCACAAAGGGAUGUAAACUAUGCUAAAGGUGUUCCGUUAGCCCUUAAAGUUUUGGGUUCACAUCUAUGCAAAAGAUCUCCAAAGCAAUGGGACAGUGUAUUGAAAAAGCUAAAAAAGAAUCCACAAUCCAGGAUUUAUAAUAUAUUAAAAAUAAGUUAUGAUUCGUUAGAACCAACAGAAAAGGCCAUAUUUCUUGAUAUUGCUUGCUUUUUCAAAGGCCAUGACAAAGAUUGGGUAGAAGAAAUACUAGACGGAUGUGAUCUUGCUCCAAGUUUGGGAAUAAUUCGUUUAGUGGAAAAUUGCCUCGUAGUUUUUGUGGAAAAUAAAUUAGAGAUGCAUGAUUUAAUACAAGAAAUGGGUCAACACAUUGCUCGGCAUAAAGGUAGUAGAUUGUGGAAAUUUCCAGAAAUUUGUGAUAUGUUGGCAACUAAGAAGGUGAACAAAGCAGUCGAAGGCAUAUUCUUGGAUACGUCUAAAAUUGGAAAGACACGGUUGAAUCCUGAAACCUUCUCACGGAUGCCUAACUUAAGAUUACUCAAAUGUUUUAGGGCUCAAUAUUGUUCAAACAAAAAAGACUCUGGCUUCAUACUUGAAUCUGCUAAAAAGAAUUGUCUGCAGCAUCUUCCCAACAAGUUGGGUUUACUACAUUGGGAGGAAUAUCCUUACAGGUCUAUGCCUUCAUAUUUUUUCAUGGAGAAUCUUGUUUUACUCAAUUUGGAAAACAGCAAGGUUGAACGACUUUGGAAUGGAGAUAAGUGUCCUCAAAAGUUAAAAUAUCUCCACCUUUGUGGAUCCAAGAAACUAGCCAGACUCCCAAAUCUCCGUUCGGCUGCAAACUUAGAGCAGAUAUGUCUUAUGGGGUGUGAGAGAUUGCGUGAGAUUCCCUCUUCAAUUCGCUUUCUCCACAAACUUGAUUAUCUUAACCUUUAUGGGUGUAAAAAGCUAAGGAGUCUUCCAAGUCUCUUUCAGUUGAAAAAUCUGUGUGUUAUUGAGCAGUUAGAUCUAAUAGAAUGUGGAAUGGAAGAAUGGUCCACGACUAUUCAAUCUCUAGACAAUCUUGAAUACCUUCCUAUUUCGAUGUGCAAAACCUUAAGCCUUCCAAGCACUUUACAUUUCAAUUGGGUUGAGGAACUUGAUCUCUCCGGAUGCUCAAAUCUAAACAAGCUCCCUAAUGUUCUUGGACAUCCGAAAAAAUUGGUGUUAGAAGAGACUCCAAUUGAAGAAUUACCCUCAACUAUCAGUGUCUCCCUUAACUUGUUGAUUUGCAAUUGGGGAAAUGAUAUAAGCUAG